AUGGCAUCUUCAAGCGCAACAAUUCGCCACGCGACCCGCGAAGAUGUUCCUACCAUCCUAGCCCUUAUCAAGGAGCUUGCGCUCUACGAAAACGCCAGUGACAAGGUUGACUCAACUGAAGAAAUCCUCACGCGCACCCUCGCACACUACGAUCCUUCCACUUCGACCUUCUCCGAAGGCUUCGCCCGUACACUCCUCCUCAGCGACCCCGACGGCACGGUAGCAGGCAUGGCUCUAUACUUCUACAACUACAGCACAUGGACAGGCGUGCCAGGCAUCUACUUGGAAGACUUGUUCGUCAAGGAGAGCUACAGGAAGAAGGGCUAUGGCAAGAGACUCCUUAAGGAGCUCGCUGGGGAGGUGCUCAAGGUCGGAGGUAGGAGGCUCGAAUGGAGCUGCCUGGACUGGAAUGAGCCCAGUCUGAAGUUCUACGAGAGCGAGAUCAUAGGGGCGCAAAGGAAGACGGCAUGGGUAGGCUUGCGUGUGGAUGGAGACGCAUUGGAGAAGCUUGCAAAAUCGUUGUUGCGACUUGAACGGAAGAAGGACACGCUCGACGAUUACCAACAACUUGUCGGUCGCCAUGACGGCCUCCAAGAUCUCAUGCACGUCAUCGCAGAAGCCGACGGUUCUCCAGCGCCCACCAUGGACUUCAUCAAGUCGAACUUGGGCCUAGCGCGAGACUUUGUCGAGGAGUUUGGGAAAGCUACCGAGCUGUACAAUAUCGCAGUGUGUCGCGUCAUCGGACCUGCCAUGUACACGACACUGCCACGUGAAAUCCGCGAUAUGGUCUACGAGUACCUGACCCCACACCAACUCGAUAUCACUCUCCGGCCUUGCUAUCCUUGCGCAGACUCCGAUCUAUUACACGUUUUUGGCGAGGAUACGGAGUACCGCCUGUACUUUGACCCACGACCUCGCACGCGGGACGACGAAGUUUGCCCCGAGUAUUACUGGAGAGACGACAUCAUCGGUCGCGAAGCAGCUUACGAGCUUAUGGAAGCGUGGUAUCGAAACAGCAUCUUCAAUAUGAGGGCAGAAUGGAUCGAGGAUGAUUGGCCGACCAAAUGGCUGAACACAUUGCUCAACAAUGAUCGUUUUGCGGCUGGGUUGCGACCUCGUAAAUUGAUCGCUAAUUUCGCCUUCGACGUUUUAGUCCGCGGUGCGGAAGAAGCAGAGUUCGACACGCUUUGGCAAAAGAACGUGUUCAAGGCUAUGGAAAGCUUGUUCUUACUCAAGGAAGGGACGCGGAUACAAAUCAGCGUGAUGUUCCAGGGUUGCAGAGAUGAAGUCGCAGGGUUAAGACAAUUCCUGAAUCGCAUACGUCCUGCCUUUCUGCGUCUACGAAACCUGGGCUAUCGGUGCACGAUUAAGAUCAUCAAACGACGGCUCAAGCUUCUUCAUGAAAUUGUUGAAGAAUGGGUACAAGAGCUCGAGACGGAGGUUAAGGGAAAUGAUAACGCGGGGCUGAUCGGUGUCUGGGAUAGUGAGCAGUAUGCUGGGACGGGGAUACGUUAA